UAAGUAUUUUCCAUAAAUGAACUAGUUCAGAAUUAUAAAGUACUAUAAUUAAUGGAAUUAAGGGUUUAGUAUUUUGAUAUCAAUUUUAUUUCAGUAGGUAUAUCAUAGAUUAUCUCAAUGUUGGUAUGUAUUCGAAAGAAUAUCAUCAAAAUAGAUCAACUAUAAUGUCAGGUCGAGCUAAGAGAAUGGUACAGAUGGCUUGCAAAAGCGACGAAGCUGACUGCAAUCGUGAUUCCGUCAACAUAACCUUACUUUCUCACGAAAGCGCAAGAGAAAACCUGUUUGAGAACAAACACCUUCAAAGAGAUGAAAAUGUUUCAGCAAUUUUUGAGAGUGGUGGAGAGACGUGUUUGGAGAAUAGACCCUUGUCUGAAAAUAUAGCUAUGGACAACGUGCCGUCGACAAACGUUCACAAUUCUGAUAUCCAUCAGGCUGUAAAUAUAUUGGCAGUAUGUGAAGAUGAUAGCAUUACGAUUGCAGACAAAUGA